AUGGUUUCCUGCUUAUCUCAUACGCACUCUUCACAACGAGCCUCUCCAGCCGGCUCUUUCAGAAGUCCAGACAACCAUGAGAAUGUCAGAGACGUACCAGUCGAGACCUUGAUCUCUUACUUGGUCGCAGCCAAAAGAGCCUUGUCGAGCAUACACCAUGUCCACCGUGCCACUGCCCUCUUAAACGAAGCACGUUCGACUAUCGAGUCAACUGCUACUCUGGUGGCCAGAACGAAAUACCUUCGUCGAUCACUGUACGCACAACUCAAGAUCCUACGCAGUGUGCAGUUCGAGCUAGAAGGUAACGCCUACGUUGUCAAGCAGGAAGCAAAUGUCACAAUCAAAGAGCUCGAGACCACUGAUAGGAGAUUACAAGACAACAUCCAGCUACUCAAGCAGACUGCCAUCCACCAUGGGUUCAAGGCUCGCAAGCCCUUGGAUGAAAACGGCGAAGAGUUAGAAGUCGAUCCCAAGAACACCUUGUUCGACUUCGUAGACGAUCAGCCCGUCAUAACUUUGAGGCAGAUGGUUCGUGUGGCCGAAGCCAACGUCAACGCUGCCAGGUCAAGCGUAGAUGCUUCCAUUCGUAACCUGGAAGAAGAUCUUCAACAGGUUAAUGAAGUGCUCACUGAUAGAACUGCCACAUCCUCCUCUACGAAAUCUGACCUUCAACCUCUAGGUAUACCAAAACAGCUCAAACUCCUCGAAAGAAAUGCUCACAACAUGGCCGAAAGUUUAGAGAGUCUUGUUCAGCACUUUGACUCAUGCGUCAAUGCCAUCAAGCAUACCGAAGGCGCCGGUGCUGCUGUCGCCAAGAACUUUACAAGCGAAGAACUACCUGAAGGUGUCAAUGUCGAGACGUUCCAGGGUCCUGCUGAACCAAUGUCCGAGGAUGAACGUACAGAAAUGCUGCACGUGUUGCGAAACGACGCCGAUCAAGUCGAAGAUGUCGUUGCAGAAAUCCAAGAACGUGCUGCUGAUAUGGACGCUCAACUCGACCGCAUCUUGAUCUGGCGUGCCUCUUGUGAAGCUUCCUACAAGGAUGUCUUUAAGGCCUUCAUAUUCCUGCAAAAGAUUGGUGACCAACUACCUGCUCAUCUAGCUGAGGUCGACGAUUUCUCCUCCUACUGGUCCGUAGAGAAAGGCAAAAUAGACGAAUGCAUGGUAGGCAUGGAGGAGCUUUGUGACUUGUACGAGAAUUUCCUGGCAGCUUACGACGGUAUGAUCGUCGAAGCUGCACGUCGAAAGGGUGUUCGCAAGAGGAUGGAGAAGAUCGUGCAGGAGGCCCAGACGCAGCUCGAUCAGUUGUAUCAGGAUGAUCUCACCGAACGAGAGCACUUUCGUGCCGAGCAAGGAGACUAUCUGCCAAGUGAUAUCUGGCAUGGCCUCGACGUCCUGCCCUCACAGUUUGCGUUUCACCGAUCCAACGACGAAGGUCUGGAUAGUAUACCCGACCUACCGAAGGAGACUGUGGCCAGUGCCUUGAAACGGCUAAAAGCUGCUCAUGGUAUGGGAGAGGCAGGCGAACGAUAG